CUGGACUAGAGACAUGGUCAUGGGGCAAAAGGACUUCUGUGGAAGAUGGAACUCUGUCUGUUUUCCAGAACGUGUUUCCAAGCCUGUCAGGGAAACGUGAAACUGCUGCUGGGUGUUGAGAUGCUGGAAGAACACUCUCCUAGCUGCUAGAGCCUUCCCUCCUACUGAAGCCAUGGUCUUCUCUGCAGGGCUGACUGCGUCCCACACGGGGGCAACCAACACGACGUUCGUAGUCUAUGAAAACACGUACGUGAAUAUUACGGCCCCGCCACCAGUCCAGCAUCCUCUGCUUAGAUACAAUUUUGACACCCUGGCUCCCACGGGGAUGAGUUCCUUGACCGUGAAUAGCACAGCUGUACCCCCAACACCAGCAGCUUAUCAGAGCCUCAACCUGCCUCUGCAGAUCAUCCUUUCUGCUAUCAUGAUAUUUAUUCUGUUUGUGUCUUUUCUCGGGAACUUGGUGGUUUGCCUCAUGGUUUACCAAAAAGCCGCCAUGCGAUCUGCCAUUAACAUCCUCCUGGCCAGCCUGGCGUUCGCAGACAUGUUGCUUGCAGUGCUGAACAUGCCCUUUGCCUUGGUAACUAUUCUCACUACCAGAUGGAUUUUUGGGAAAUUCUUCUGUAGGGUAUCUGCCAUGUUUUUCUGGUUGUUUGUGAUUGAGGGGGUAGCCAUCCUGCUCAUCAUUAGCAUCGAUAGGUUCCUUAUUAUAGUCCAGAGGCAGGACAAGCUAAACCCCUACAGGGCUAAGGUUCUGAUCGCGGUUUCUUGGGCAGCUUCCUUUUGCAUAGCUUUCCCUUUGGCUGUCGGCAACCCUGACCUGCAGGUACCUUCCCGAGCCCCCCAGUGCGUGUUUGGGUACACAACCAACCCAGGUUACCAGGCUUAUGUGAUUUUGAUUUCUCUUCUUUCUUUCUUCAUACCAUUCCUGGUGAUACUGUAUUCGUUUAUGGGUAUACUCAACACUCUCCGGCACAAUGCCUUGAGGAUCCAUAGCUACCCUGAGGGUAUAUGCCUCAGCCAGGCCAGCAAACUGGGUCUCAUGAGUCUGCAGAGACCCUUCCAGAUGAGCAUCGACAUGGGCUUUAAAACACGUGCCUUCACCACCAUCUUGAUCCUCUUUGCUGUCUUCAUCGUCUGCUGGGCCCCGUUCACCACUUACAGCCUGGUGGCCACGUUCAGCAAGCACUUUUACUAUCAGCACAACUUUUUUGAAAUUAGCACCUGGCUCCUUUGGCUCUGCUACCUCAAGUCUGCAUUGAACCCACUGAUUUACUACUGGAGGAUUAAGAAAUUCCACGAGGCCUGCCUGGACAUGAUGCCCAAGUCCUUCAAGUUUUUGCCGCAGCUCCCUCGUCACACAAGGCGACGGAUACGCCCCAGUGCUGUCUACGUGUGCGGGGAACACCGGACGGUGGUGUGAAUAUGGGAACUGCCUGAAAUUUGGGGUGAUAAUUGUUCUUUACUGGAUUCUUGAAUUUUCUUUCACAUGGCUUUUCCACUUACAGUUUCCCGGAUUUUAUAGGUUUGUGUGUGUGUUUUUAUAGGUUUGUGUGUGUGUGUGUGUGGUGUGUGCAGUAUAAAGAAAGAAUGGUGACUAGUUAUAAUUCUGUUACCAAGGAUACACAAUAGGGCAGUGAUCACAGAUGUUACCUCCAGGAUUCAACAGGAAUCCUCUAUUUAGGGUGGGAAGAUGGUUUUUGUAUCUUGGUUGAUUUUGCUUUGGAAGCAGGAGUCAGGAUUGUGCUUUGUUGAGCCCGCAGUCACACUGAAUUGUCGGUGUUUGGUAUGCUGCUCAGGUGUGCUUAGUUGAGUUUAUUCUUUUUCUUCUGGAAAACACUGCUGCUUUUUGCCAUUGUAUUGGAGCCAAAAACCACAUACAUCUCAGUAGAUAAAUAUUUACUUUUAUUUUAAGAAAUAACCCAAGGAGGUUAGUGACAUUUCAAAGGUCAUUAAUAUUUACUUUGGUGCACUUUAGGAAAUAAUGUACAAACUGAUUCAGUCAUGUUUUUCAGAAUUGUUUUUAUACAUGACAUGUUAUGCUUUAGGAGACAUUGCAUUUUCAUUUCUAGAAAGAUCGUUUUAAAAAACGUUUUAUCUGCAUGUACAGUUUUAAAGGAGAGAACAUAGAAAUGUAGAUAUUUUUCUAAGCACAAUAGCAAUUCUUUAGAGCAAUAGGGCAAAGUCAAGAAGACAGAACAUCCUUGCAACUUUAAAUGGGAUGCAGUGAGGGGUGGCUGGUGUGGGCUGUGGUGUCUCCUUUCACUCAAGGAUUCUCACUGAGUCCAGCAGGGAGAAGGACCUACCACUAUUUUGGACCUACCACUUUUUUCACCUACCAUGUGCCAGGCACUGCGUAUCCUUUUAUCCUCACAGCAUCCUGUGAGGUAGGUAUUAUUUCUUCUUUUUUUACAGAUGAAGAAAGCAAGUCUCAGAGACUAAAAUCCUGCUCAAGGUUAGUCCCAGACCUGGGACCCAAAACAUCUGUGGGAGUCCCAAGGCUAUGCUAUUUCUCUGUGCCACACAGGCAUAAAUUCAGGUUCAGAUGUUUCAUAGUCAAGAGGGGCUUUGCAUAUCCUUCUAUUUUUUAAGACUAUAAAACCUAUUUAAAAAUAACUUCAUCUUUUAAAUUACCAAAAGAAAUGUGAAACUAAUGCAGAAAGUCUGGGAAAUAUAAACAUAAAUGAAAUCACACAGCUACCCUUUCACAGUGGAACUUUAAAAUUGUAGAUAAGUAAGAUGAUCAGGAAAUAAGAUGACACUUUGGUUGACAAAACAAAGGACUGACAGUUAUGGAGAAGUUCUGUACAGCUGUGUGUAGGUCUUGGCUUUGUGGGUUUGGAGGCUUCCAGUGGUUCAGCUGUCUCUAAAUGUUCUAGGGAUGGUAGGACAGCACUGUGAUCCGGGCUUGCCCCUCGCAGAGCUGGGGUUGGUGAAUAUGCUCCGAAGUGAGUCUCCUACAUAGAAGCAAAGAUAAGCCCUGGUCCAAGCGUAGAGCAAGUUGUAAUAGGGCCGGGCUGGGGUUUCAAAUUAUUUUUCUCUUGCUGAUGAUCUGACCCCCUUGGUGCAUCCAGACCCUUUGGUCCCCUUCUUCCUGGAACCACUGAUAGACUUGAUAAAAUAGCUGACAAGGAUGGGGCUGCAGACGAAGGCUAUAGGGGCUGAAAGUGCAGCCCCGUUGCUACACCAUGGGCUUUAUAAAUAGGUAAGUAAACCAUGAACAUUUUUUGAUUUAUAGCAUCUUUUUGGAAUUUUAGUGUUUUGUGAACCUCUGUUUUUUUCAGUUGUACAACUAGAGAGUUGGAUUAGAUGAAUCUAAGGUCUGGCCCAACUAUAAUGUGCUUCCCUCCAUGUGAGAGUGGAGAUGUUUGAAGAGCCCAGUUGAUGUUGGCUUCACUCUUUGGUCUCCAGUAUUACUUCUUUACAUUUUACUGCAUUAGCUAUUUCUUAACAUUGACCAUUUGAAGGGCACGUGGCACAGUAUCAGGAGCUAGGACUUCCAAAGUUUGACGACAUCACAAAAGAUCUGGGAAACCCUGCUCAUGCAAUUGUAACAGUGUUGGGACUCAUUUUCCAGUUGAAGAACUUUUUUCAGACUCGAGCAUAUUAUUUAACAUGUUGGUUCGGGAUCCUCUGAUGAUGACAGUCACCUGCCUCUUUGGUUUCUACGUCUGUUAUUCACAGGUAAAACUGUUGCGUCCAUAGGGAUCUUGUAGAAUAUAAACACUAGUAGAUACUAGUAGCAUAUUGAAGUGUAUCAUGCCUCCCAUUUUCAACUGGAUUUCAAGCAGAUAUUAAUAAGUAUAUUUGAAAUUAGACUUUCUCUAAGGAAAGUAGGCAUGCUCUGUAUUCAUCUUACAAUAUAUAUUGGCAGUAGGUCUUGAGACUCCUUUUUGUUUGCAGUUGAGACUGGGUUUUGGCUUUCUUUGUCCUUUUUAUGAGCAAUCCUUAGGUACUUUUGUGCUGCUUGGUAGGCAGUGCAUCAUCUGGUGAGAGCUCUGGAUUGCCUGCUGAGAUGCUCGGUGUCUGUGGAAGAAGAAAGAAGAAAGAAGAAAGGGGCCUUUGUGAGAAUUGAGCAACACCGAUCAGCAGUUCUCUUUACACUGGAUAAUCUUGAUCAGAUGACAGUUUACAAAUCAUUUUGAACGUUUUUAUUGUGUAUACAAUUUGAAAGCUUUAAAAAAAACACGUACUAUGGAGUACCUUUGAAAAAUUUAGGUGCAGACUCCUAUGUUGCCUAUUCCCCUGUAUUUUCUUGAGGGGAAAAUAAAUACCACUACUAAUUAUCACCACUGACUGACAUAAUCAGAAAUGUUUUUUGUUUCCAUUUUCCUUCUGGCUAAUAAGUAAGAAGCAUGAAGGACAUAGUGAAAUAUGUGUGGUCAAAAGUAACCCCCUAUAGUUUGGAGUAGUGAUACUCAAGCUUUAAUAUGAAUAUGUGUCUGAGUAUUCCCAGGGGGGCAUUCACAGAUGCCCAGGGCCCCAGAGUGUCUGCAUUGGGCCCAGGGAUGCACGCUUCAAUUUUGUUGAGUACCCUGCCCGGUUCUGAUGCAGGUGGUCCAAGGGGCAUACUUCAGUAUCAUUUCUGUCGAGAAUAUACCCAUUUCAAUACUGUCUGUGUUAUUUAAAAAUGCUUGUUUUGUGUUGGAAGCCAUUAUCUUCUAGUGCAUGGGUAAUCCGCAUCCGGAGGAAAAUCUACUCAUCGUUGUGCCUAAUUUGCUGCCAUGUGUGUUAGCGCUGGAUCUCAGCAGUAGUAGACUUACCUUCUUUCAGCUGGCACAACUCUGAUAAACCAUCUCAUUUCACAGGAGAGCAGAGAGAGUGACUUAAUAUUUGAAAGUCAUGACUUUCUGGAGCCUAAUUCCUCUAAUAUCUUCUCCCAGAGAGGUGUCUAUUGUAUGGAAUCUCCUGAAGAGGAUGAGAGGAAUGUAAAGUCAUCUAAUCCCCACUGCUCUUCUUAUGCCAGUCCAUUUAACGGAAGCAUGAAGAAGAGAAAAUAACCUUUUCAAAUCCAUGUAUUUUGGUUGCUAACAAAGAUAUUUACUUUUUUCUUGAGUUUUGCUUUUGUUUACAUGAAAAUAUUUAUGUAUAUAUCACAGAAACAUUUUCACUUGCUUGACAUAUUAUUCUGCCAUGAUUUUUAGUUUAAAGGAUUGCUUAAUUCAAACUUAUUUUCUCAAUGACAGCCCUUCUAAACUGCCUUCAUUGAAAACUCAGUUUUUAUAAUAAUAUCAAAACACAUGUUUGUUAUUACAGGUAAAUAGUAAUACAUUUCUUAUAUAUAUAUAUUGGUACUAGGACUUUGUAAUUAAAAAUAAUUUAUUUUAAAAUAGUACCUGACCUGUAUGGGGAAAAAACGCUCUGAAUUUUGGACUGUUAAUAUUCAGAAAUCAACAAGUAUGGUUAUUUGUGCAUAUUCUUAUUACAACCAGGAAAAGUGCUCCCAAUAAGAAAGUUAAUAAAUGUUUAACACUUCUAAAAGUGGAGUUUUUUAAGGACCAGUUCAUUCUAUCUUAGAAGACUUGUCAUGAAUAAUACUUUCUAUUAAAUUAAAAUCUGAGUUUAGUUUCAAA